AGCCAAUGCAGUGCAUGCACUGUUGACCCAGUUAUGCGUCAUUGCUCAUGUGGUGGGACGAGCACAGAGGGUGUGCUGAUUCACUGCGAACAAACAACAUUGAUCCCAUUGCCAAAAGGGAAAAGUUUCUUCAGAUUUCUUUUGACACCUGUAGAUUAUUUUAAGGAGCUACUUGGAUUAUUCGAGCGCCACCUAACUGAAUGGCUGUUCAGUGGUUGAUGAAUUAAAAUGCAGUGGGCUCUGGAGAGAGUGCAUGUGUGCAGUGGAUGGACAGCGGCUCCGGUUCACUCUCGACAUGAAGAGAUUCAUCCGUGUGUCGCAGCUGGUCGCGAUUCUGCUCUACAUUCCUCUUGUACAGGUUUUAACCAUUCUGGACAAUUCCCAUUCCAAAGUGAUGCUGUUCCCCGAGGCGUGGUGCCGCAGUCAGUGUCGUUCUCUGGAGUGGAUGGUGGAGGUGGAGCAGGAGUAUCCCGGAGGAGUCGAGCACAUCUACAAUCCCGGCUGUGUGCCGCUGCUGCGCUGCUCCGGAUGCUGCAAUGAUGACAAACUGGCCUGUUUCCCCGCCAGCACACGCAACAUCAGCAUCCAGCUGUUGAGGAUAACUCCGGCGGAGAGGAGCAGAGAAUAUGUCCUGCUUUCAUUUCUGGAGCACCAGAGCUGUGAGUGUAGGCCCAGACGACACCACCUGAGAAAUCAGCACAGAAGGACGCAGAAGGGCAAACGCAGGAGGAUACGGAGAGGAAGGACGGAUGCCGGGAUGUGAUGAUCACAGACUCAUCAUCAUCACACAAGCUCUGGACGCUGACCCGGAUGUGGCUUCCAGCGAUCAACACACAU